AAACACAACUCUAACCGAUACAAAUACAACAUGAACGUGAAUCUUGUUCUUUGUUUUCAGUUUCCUGGUGCAGCAUUGAUGUUGCUCUCUCUCUCCCAUCCACAAAACUUACCACAUCUUGCGGGCAACAACACCUUUUGAAGAAGUCAAUGUUACCUUAAAUUCCUUAAACAUUCAGACACAUCAACCCUUUAAAGUUUACACCCCAAAACUAGUGCCGAUAUCUUAGGCACUGCACGUGUUACUCCCUACUGUCUCGAUCACCCUCAAUACUCCUAUACAAACUCCCUCUCUUUCCCUUCAAAAGCCUCACUCUUUCUCUUCUCUUCUUCACACACACACACACCCUCUCUCUUUUUCUCUCUUUGAAACCUUAACUUUGUUGUAGUUGUUGCAAUGGCUGAUGCUUCUGUGGCACCACCACCUCCACUGAAAGAUGAGCUUGACAUUGUGAUUCCAACCAUAAGGAACCUUGACUUUCUUGAGAUGUGGAGGCCAUUCUUUCAGCCUUACCAUUUGAUCAUUGUUCAAGAUGGUGACCCCACCAAAACCAUCAAGGUUCCUCCUGGCUUUGACUAUGAGCUCUACAACCGCAAUGACAUCAACAAGCUUUUGGGUCCAAGGGCCUCUUGCAUCUCCUUCAAGGACUCCGCGUGCCGCUGUUUUGGCUACAUGGUGUCCAAGAAGAAGUACAUCUACACCAUUGAUGAUGACUGCUUUGUUGCCAAUGAUCCAUCAGGAAAAGCGAUCAAUGCACUUGAGCAGCAUAUUAAAAAUCUUUUGUGUCCAUCCACUCCCUUGUUCUUCAAUACCCUUUAUGACCCCUUCAGAGAAGGUGCAGAUUAUGUUCGUGGAUACCCUUUCAGUCUUCGUGAAGGUGUGCCAACUGCUAUUUCUCAUGGACUUUGGCUCAACAUCCCAGACUAUGAUGCUCCUACACAGCUUGUGAAGCCUCUUGAGAGGAACACUAGGUAUGUGGAUGCUGUUCUGAGCAUACCAAAGGGCACUUUAUUCCCCAUGUGUGGAAUGAACUUGGCAUUCGAUCGUGAUCUCAUUGGACCAGCCAUGUACUUUGGUCUUAUGGGAGAUGGUCAACCAAUCGGACGCUAUGAUGACAUGUGGGCUGGAUGGUGCUGCAAGGUGAUCACUGAUCAUUUGGGGCUAGGAGUCAAGACUGGUCUGCCCUAUAUCUAUCACAGCAAGGCCAGUAACCCAUUUGUUAACCUCAGGAAAGAGUACAAAGGCAUAUUCUGGCAGGAAGACAUUAUUCCAUUCUUCCAGAAUGUUGUUCUUCCAAAAGAAUGCACCACUGUUCAAAAGUGCUACAUUGAGCUCUCCAAGCAAGUCAAGGAAAAGCUAUCAAAGAUAGAUCCUUACUUCGACAAGCUCGCCGAUGCCAUGGUCACUUGGAUUGAAGCUUGGGAUGAGCUAAACCCUGAAGGAGCAUCUAAGGCUAAUGACAAAGCAUAAACCAACCUUUGUUAACAACCACUGAGCUAGAAAAAGUGGAACUAUUUAUAUACAAGUGGUUUGCAGCAUUGUUAGCUGUAAUUCUAUUUUUUUUUAACCUUCAUGCUUUGAGCUUAGAAAGAAUAAAGUACAAUGGUCUAGGUCAUUGUUUUCUUGUGAUUUUUGUCCCUUAUUAGACCUAACUGGAGGACCAUAUCACUUGCAAGCACUGAGUUUCAUGUGAAGCAAGUGUUACAUGAAGAAUAUUAAUGUAUGGCUCAUUAUAGAUUAAUAGUGAUCAAAUUUUCGAACUGGUGUGUUCAGAA